AUGGUGACCUCUGACAACAAUCAGAGUACUGCAGUCAUGUUCAUCCUUUUAGGAUUCUCUGAAUAUCCACAGCUUAAGGUGCCCCUCUUUCUGUUGUUCUUCACCAUCUAUUCAGUGGCUGUGCUGGGAAAUGUAGGGAUGAUUGUGAUCAUCAAGAUCAGUCCCAAACUACAAACCCCCAUGUACUUUUUCCUCAAGCACUUGUCCUUUGUAGAUUUAUGUUACUCCACUAUAGUUGUACCAAAACUACUAGAAAACUUAGUUGUAGAAGACAGAAGCAUCUCCAUCAGGUGCUGCAUUACACAGUUUUCCUUUGGUAUGACCUGUGUGAUGACAGAGAUGGUCAUGUUGGCAGUAAUGGCCUAUGACCGUUUUGUUGCUAUAUGUUAUCCUUUGCUCUAUACAGUGUAUGUGUCCCCAAAAUGGUGUGUUCUGCUAGUGACUGUGGCAUAUUCAUGGGGUAUAAUUAAUUCUAUUGUACUCAUCUACUCACUUCUUAUACUGUCAUAUUGUGAGACCAAGAUUAUUGAUAAUUUUGGAUGUGAAUAUUCUGUCUUCCUCUCUGCUACCUGCUCUGAUAAACAUUUCAGUGAAAUAAUCCUUUAUAUCAUUGCAAAUUUCAAUGUAUUGAGCACUGUCAUCAUUAUCCUUACAUCCUAUAUUUUUAUCUUUGUCACUAUCUUUAAAAUGCAUUCAUCCAGUGGGAGAUAUAAAGCUUUAUCCACUUGUGCCUCCCACUUGACAGCUGUUACCAUCUUCUAUGGGCCCAUGUUCUUUCUCUAUUGUAUUCCCAAUUUCAAAAACUCAUGGCUCAUGAUUAGAGUGAGCACUGUUUUUUAUACAGUGGUGAUUCCCAUGUUGAACCCAUUAAUAUACAGUCUCAGGAACAAAGAUGUGAAGGAAACAUUCAGGAGAUUAAUGCAUAUCAAGUUAUUUUCUGACUAA